CUGGUUCAACAGCGAGAAAUGAUCGUAUUGUAACUAAAUAAUCAUUGAAAUAAGGUUGUGUUAAUGUUUUAAAAUGUUCGAAGAGCUGUCGUUGAUUAGAAAACGGUAGUUCGAUAUAGAAAAAUCCACGUAAAGUGUUCGUAUAAUGUUAUAAAGUGAUAAAUACACUGCCCGAAAAUGUAUAAGCUUCUAGGAGGACUAGCCAAUUAUUUUAAAUAUCAAGAAAUAGUGACGGAUUGUGCAAUUUUCCGCAUGCACAAUAUCUUUACAUGUGCCUUAUUGAGUGCAUGCAGUUUGAUAGUGACUGCCAAUCAAUUCGUAGGGAAUCCCAUUCAGUGCAUAGUCGAUGGCCUUCCCAAUCAUGUCGUCAACACCUACUGCUGGAUAUCUUCCACCUUCACCAUGCCUGACGCCUUCCAGAGACAGGUCGGCUACGAGGUGGCCCAUCCUGGAGUCGCCAACGAUUUUGGCGAAAACAACGCCCAAAAAUACUACCCUUACUACCAAUGGGUCUGUUUCGUGCUGUUCUUCCAGGCCAUAGCGUGUUAUACCCCUAAAAUAUUAUGGGACAUGUCAGAAAACAACUUGAUGAGGACUCUGGUCAUGGGACUGAACAUCGGAGUGUGCCAAGAGAAAGAGAAAAACGCCAAAAAGGAAAUAAUUUUAGGAUACUUGAUGGAUCACGUCAAGAGACACAACUUCUACGCCCUUCGCUACUGGGGCUGCGAGUGCCUGUGCCUCAUCAACAUCAUAGCGCAGCUGUUCAUCAUGAACAGGUUUUUCGACGGAGAAUUCCUCUCCUACGGCUGGAGGGUGAUGAAAUUCUCCGAGUUGUCUCAAGAAGAUCGCGUCGAUCCGAUGGUGUACGUCUUUCCCAGGGUCACCAAGUGCAUCUUCCACAAAUACGGUCCUACAGGAUCGAUCCAGAAGCACGACAGUUUGUGCGUCCUUCCGCUAAAUAUAGUGAACGAGAAAACUUAUAUUUUUAUAUGGUUCUGGUUUAUGAUAUUGGCGACAAUGCUGACCUUCUUGAUUCUCUACAGGAUACUAAUCAUUGCUUAUCCUAAAAUCAGACCGAGGAUUCUGCAUGCCAAGAACAGAGCUAUUCCGAUCGAAGUGUGCAAGGCCCUCUGCAACAAGAUCGAUAUAGGAGACUGGUGGAUUUUGAUGAUGUUGGGCACCAACAUGGACUCCCUUAUCUAUAGAGAAAUUAUUUCCGAACUAGUGAAGAAGAUAGAUACGAAAGGAGGGUGAUGUAGCUCAAUCGCGUAGAUUUUUGUAAAUAAUGAGGGGCUUAGUGAAAGUAUUCUUUACAACAAUCGUUCAGAGAAGUAUUUUUAUAUAAGAAAUCGAAUUGACACUAGAAACUAGAUUGCGAAAAAUGUUUUUAUUAUUUUCGAGACAAAUAGUAUAGACAAAUCAGAAUAACUAUUUUAUAAAAUGUCAGAGCAGCUCAAUUACUUUUAUAAGAAGUCGAUUUUUCGAGAUAUUUUUAGAAUUAUGUCUAUAUAGCAUUUGUAUUAUUUCUGAGACAAAUUAUAUAUAGACAUAUUAGAAAAAAAAACAGCGAGAUGGUUAACCAUAUGUCUGAAAAUUUGGAAUUUGUCUUUGUACUAUUUGUCCCAUUUUUGACAAAUGGAUCAGAAAAAAACUUGAUAAAAUGUCAUCGCAGUUCAUUAAUUUACUAAUGACGUAAAAAAUUUGGAAAAUUACGCUUCUAUAUAAGAUUUUUCUGAUCUCCGAGAUAAACUGUAUAAAUAGAUCUGAAAUUAACUUCAUAAUAUGAAAUUGCUACUAAAUGACUCAAAUAACUUAUUUAUGAAAUAUGGUUAACGAGAAUUUUAAUAAGGAACUAUUGGGAAUACUCCUUCCUUAGUUUUAUUUGGCUCAUUUCUGAGACAUGGAUUAGAAGCAAACUUGGUAAAUGUCAUCACAGCUGAGAAAUCUACUGAAGAAAUAAAACGGCCUCUAC